AUUGUGUCUUUGUACAACCAUUCGAGGACACAGUUUGGCGAAAUUUUUCAUCGCCAUAAAAUAUAUUAAGAGUUAUAUUUAUAUAGUUACGCGACAAGUAAAUACAUUAUCAUACAUACGAAAACCAAGUAUGUUCGCAAUCACGUCGUCGUGGCGAUACUGUACACGCUUAAAAUUUACCGCCAUACAGAUAAGAACGAAAUUGUAUUGUUGCAUUCUUACAACCUAUCGCAACCUAUUUAAGGUUAUAUUUUACACAUUUUUUUGUGAAACAUGAAUAACCGGCCAAUCAUCUUGUACUCCUAACGAUUCGUCCUUCCAAGAUAACUAUUAAACGUAUAAUCGAAUUGCUCGUACGACAAUGUGACAAUGGUGAAAAACAAAUUCACAUUAAGAGAUAGGUUAAGAUUCUUUCAAAGUUCUUUUAACGUUGCAUUCUUUUUAAUUGACACGAGAGAAUAACGUCCUAGUUGAGAAAAAUGAGCAAACUAUGGAACUAUCUAAUAUUUCAAGGAUGGAUAUCGUAUUUAAUGGCAGCCGGCUUGCUUAUUUUCACGAGCGGCUUCCUACUUACUCGCGUUUCCAGAUCGGAGCGCGCAGAAUGCAAAUAUUGCACAAAUCCUGGUGGAUGCAACAUCGAAGAGCUCCUUCAAGAUCCCAAAAUCGCUGCAAGUACUUGUCUCGAAAGGAAUACUCGCGUCGUGUUGUUAGUCGUUGACGCCUUGAAAUAUGAUUUUGUACACUGGUAUAACGAUAACAGUUCUGCCUCAUUGUAUUACCACAAUAAGUUGCCAAUAAUCCACGAGCUGUUGCAAAAUCAACCUAUGAAUUCACGUUUGUAUAAAUUCAUAGCGGAUCCACCAACCACGACUAUGCAAAGGUUGAAAGGUUUCACUACCGGAUCUUUACCUACUUUCAUUGACGUUGGAUCAAAUUUUGCAUCCGAAAGCAUAGACGAAGAUAACAUUAUCGAUCAAAAUAUUGCCAAAGGUAUUGUUUUCAUGGGCGAUGAUACUUGGACAAAUUUAUUUCCUGGCAAAUUCAAACGUCAAUUUCCAUCGCCGUCUUUUAAUGUUUGGGAUCUCGAUACCGUCGAUAGAGACGUUCGAUAUCGUAUAUUCUUUGAAAUGAAAAAGAGAGAUUGGUCCCUACUCAUAGCGCAUGUUCUUGGAAUCGAUCAUUGCGGACACAAACACGGCGCCAAUCAUCCUGAAAUGACAAGAAAAUUAAACGAUACCAAUACUCUGAUAAAAGAAAUCAUUGAAUCUUUGGAAGAAGAUAUGGUACUUUUUGUUGUGGGCGAUCAUGGAAUGACGGAGAGCGGCGAUCACGGCGGCGAUAGUUUAAACGAAGUCGAAGCUGCCAUGUUCGUUUAUUCUAUGCUUCCUCUUCUAAAACACGAUUUGGCUCGCGAUACCGUGAAUCAAAUCGAUCUGGUUCCUACGUUGGCAUCCAUUCUUGGGACGCCUAUACCUUUUUCCAACUUAGGAUCCGUCAUACUCGGUUCGCUGCCGAGUUUGACGAGAAUUAGAGAUUCGGAACAAGGUUUAUGGUAUUCGUUGCAUUCGGUAUGGAGAAAUAUUGUACAAACAAAAAAAUAUAUAGACACGUAUUCUAUGGAUAACUAUCUGUUUUCUGAAGACCAACUCGAGAAUUUAGAAAAUGUAUAUAAUCAUCUAUUCAAACGGAUAAAGCAUGUACAUACCAACGAAGAAUUUGAAUUAUUCAUUCAGGAUAGUAACAGCUAUUUCAAACUACUUAAAGAUACAUGUUCCAAAGUCUGGGUUCAAUUUGAUUCUAGCCUAAUGUCGAAAGGCCUACUUUUAAUGUUUUGCACAUUAUUUUUCUAUUACCUUUUUAUUACAGGCAUUCCGGAAAGUCGUAUGUCGAAGAUAUUUCAAUCGGCAUUUUUACAAUGUUCCGUGUUAGCAAAUUUAAUUACUGCACUGGUAAUCUUUUUCUUAUUCUUCUUCGAUAUUUUAGAGGAACUAAAAAAUACCACGUUCUUUGCUACCGGUGCGGUGUCCAUAAUAUUAUUAGUAGUAUUAAUCGCUAAGAAUUGGGAUGUAAUUUCGAUGAGAUGGUACGAUUAUCGUAAGAUUAGGAAAUUGAUUUACAUUGCUAGAGUGAUACUCCUUUUAACGGUAUGCAGUCUUUUCUCUAACAGUUACAUUGUCGAGGAAGAUAAUGUACUAUCCUUUCUACUUGUUACUCUUGUUUGGUUACUUACAUUUAAUAUAAGAAAAGAAAAUUCUAACGAAAUUUCGGAUAGGAAAGCAAAGCCAUUCUUUAAAUCGCCAACAAAGUCAAAUUUAAAGGCAAUUAUAAUUGUCAUCGGUUUAAUAGCAUGCAUUUCUAUAAGACUGUCUCAUUAUUUUUGGCGUUGUCGAGAGGAGCAGGAACAACGCGUGUGUUCUCUCUUUGUAACUGGAAAAGCAGGUUCUAUAACAACAAACAAUAUAGAACGUGUUUUACUUGCCAUCACCUUGAUUGUACUUGCAUUAUACAUUACGAUAGUAAGACUGUGGUUACAAAAUUGUGGGAAUCUUACCGGUUUUUCUCCUGGUGUUCUGGUAGGACAAUAUUGUCCUGUCGUAAUUGGUGUUUGCAUGGGUUGUUAUUGGGUCCUUCAGCGGUUACCUAAAUUUGUCAAAAUAAAAUUCGCAUUGUCUUGGCAAGUAAGUACAUUGCCCAACAUAGUGUAUGCGUUGUGUGUGUUUGCAAUUUUUGUUCUUUACUACCGUCCGCUCAGUAUAUUUCUACUGCCAAAGAAGAAAGAAUCGAUUAAUAUAUACAAUGACGAGAAUAUUGUACCCCGAUUAUUUGAGAAAAUAAAGGAGUCGAUUUAUCGUAAGAAAAUAGACACAGAUGAAACACCAGUUGUUUACGGCUUGGGCACUGCUUAUAGUGCUGCAUUUAUCUCGUUGAGCGUAUUUCUUAUGCUGUUAUAUUCUUUAUUAUUAGGGGAUAUUUUAUCGCCUAGUACUUUCUUGAUGUUUAUAUCUUGUGCCUCUGUUUUGGGCGUAUCUGCGAUAGAACGAUACAAGAAUGCUAACAGUAUAUCAGAGCUUGUAGAAGUAUCUACGCCUGCCUUGAUAUGUUGGUUUUUGAUAGCCGAAUAUUUCUUUUAUGGAACCGGGCAUCAACCAACUUUUCCUACUAUUCAUUGGGAUGCUGCUUUUGUAGGCACAGGUGGACAUUUCUAUGGAAGCUUCCUACCAGCAAUCCUAAUAGGGAUAAACACGUUUGGAUCGCACAUUAUAUUAGGUGCAACGUUACCAUUAUUGGUGAUCGUACCAUUUACUUUGUACCUUGUAUUUCCAAAGUUAGUUAAAGUAAAAUUUUUGGAAAACGACAUGAAAAGAGGAGAACUACUUCUGUUUGAACAAGACUCUGUAUUUCAUACUGCAAUUUUCUCGGUCGCAGGAAAGUAUACACUUCUUCACGGAAUUAGAACUUUCGGCAGCAUGCUUGCCGCGACGAUUCACUGUCGGCAUUUAAUGGUUUGGAAGAUCUUCGCGCCAAAGUUAAUAUUCGAAGGCUUGGGACUGUUAGUAACGUUAAGCAGCGUCCUAGCGUCCUUUUAUAUGGUGUUCAGAAUCGAUCAACAAAUGGAACACCUUAUAUCCAGAGUGACGAAAGGCAGAUGAUAGUGAUCACUUUCGAUGGUGUAUAAUACAGUUAACUAGUAAAGUACCAAUGUUUUCAAACGUAACUUUAAUAUAAGAAUGUGUGCGGUGGCUCGUUACUCGUAACAUUAGAAACGUGUUUUUAUCGAAGAACAAACAAAUAGAUAUUCAACGUCAACAAUCACCGAUACUGCCAAUGUUUCCAGAAUUUUAUAUGACUUUAUAUAAGAGACAGUUAAACGUAUUUACUACAGAAGUUACGCCGAAGAUCUUAGUACGCGAGUAUGAAACAUUGUUUUCCUUUGGUUCGUUAAAGACCAAGCUAUAAUAUUAAUUCUGGUGCUUCCUAACACACUAACGCUACCCUGCGUGCAAUGCAUUGCUGAUUACAGAGGAACAAAGCAACGCACUUGAUGCAGGAUUGCGUCCAUGUGCGCUGGUAUCUGCUUGACCGAUGUACGUAUUAGUUUUACCGUUUAAUAUUCGUUAUCGUUAAGUAAAUUCGGAUAAAUAAAUGUCGUAGCGUGCGUUACCUUUUCAUUUGUCGCAUAUGAAACUGUAUUAUAGUAUGUAUUAUAAGUCUAAUAGAAAAUCUAAUAAAUCUAGUCUUAUAUAUAUCUUA